AUGACUGAGAUAGUCUACCCUGCCGUGUUUGAACACGUAAAGCAUAUCACACAAAAGCAAAAGGAACAUUUUGACACGAGUCACAAAAUGAUAGAUCUGGUUCCAGGAACUAUAGUUAUGAUUUUGGUGACAGAAAAACAGAAUAAAUUAGAUCCAAAGUAUAAGGGAUUUUAUACUGUUGUUCGAAAGACUGCUGCCAAUACUUAUGUAUUGAAAAAUGAAAAGGGAUUUUUAAAACCAAAGAAUUACCCCCCUUCUUUAUUAAAAAAAGUGUCGAAUAAGAUAUUAGAGCAAAAGAAUGAUUUUUUUGAAGUCGAAGCAAUUAUUGGUCAUAAGAAAGAUGAUAUGAACAAUUAUUUGUAUAGAUGCAAAUGGUUGGACUAUGAUGAGUCUCAUGAUACCUGGGAGCCAGAGGAUUACUUUACUGUUCCUAAAUUCAUUAAGGAAUACUGGCAAAGAAUUGGGGAAGCACCAGAAAGUAUCAAAGACAUCAACAAAGCUAAUAAAAGAUUAUUGAAGGAUAUGAAAGUUGUAAAUUCCAUAUCCAAAGAAAAGUCAGAUAUAAAAAGAAAGAGCUAUACAAUGACAGCUUUGCAAAAGAAGAAACACAGUAAGAUCUAA